AAAUAAGAGACAAGGCCCUAAUCGUUGUGGUUUCUCCUCAGGACCUGAAAUAAGAGACAAGGCCCUAAUCGUUGUGGUUUCUCCUCAGGACCUGAAAUAAGAGACAAGGCCCUAAUCGUUGUGGUUUCUCCUCAGGACCUGAAAUAAGAGACAAGGCCCUAAUCGUUGUGGUUUCUCCUCAGGACCUGAAAUAAGAGACAAGGCCCUAAUCGUUGUGGUUUCUCCUCAGGACCUGAAAUAAGAGACAAGGCCCUAAUCGUUGUGGUUUCUCCUCAGGACCUGAAAUAAGAGACAAGGCCCUAAUCGUUGUGGUUUCUCCUCAGGACCUGAAAUAAGAGACAAGGCCCUAAUCGUUGUGGUUUCUCCUCAGGACCUGAAUAAGAGACAAGGCCCUAAUCGUUGUGGUUUCUCCUCAGGACCUGAAAUAAGAGACAAGGCCCUAAUCGUCGUGGUUUCUCCUCAGGACCUGAAAUAAGAGACAAGGCCCUAAUCGUUGUGGUUUCUCCUCAGGACCUGAAUAAGAGACAAGGCCUAGCCCUGCUCUCUAAGAUGGGGGAGUCGGUGAAGUACGUGACAGGAGGGUACAAGCUGAGGGGCCGACCCGUGGAGUUUUCUGCUAUGGGAGACUACCUGGAUAUGUUCACACAGAAGCUGGGUACUAUCGACAGGAUAGCACAGAGAAUCAUCAAAGAACAGACAGAGUACCAGGUAGAGCUGCGUGAGUACGGUCCUGUCUACACUACCUGGGCGUUGUCGGAGGCGGAGCUACAGGGGCCUCUGGAGGGCGUGGCCAGCUGCAUGGCUAACUGCUCCAGCGCCCUCGAUGAACUCACCCAGGACAUGAGCGAAGACUUCCUGCCUGUGCUCCGAGAAUACGUCCUCUAUAUCGAGUCCAUGAAGAUUGUACUGAAGAAGAGGGAUAACAUCCAGGCUGAAUACGAGGCUAAACUGGAAGCUGCUGCCUUCCGGAAAGAGGAAAGAGCAUCAUGCACACAGGUGCCUACAGACGUGGAGAAGUGCCAUGACAGAGUGGAGUGUUGCAAUGCUGACCUGAAGUCAGACUGGGACCGCUGGCAGAACAACAAGAGACAAGACUUCAGACAGUUACUCACUGGCAUGGCAGACCACAACAUCCAGUACUAUGAGAAGUGCCUUGCAGCUUGGGAGUCUGUCAUUCCAGUAUUACGGGACAAGCAGCCACAGGAGACAGAAACAGAGGAAGACUGAGAGCCUGCCACUCUUCCUCUGGACAUUGCAUCUCAAACACUUCUCUACCUGAGUUACCGGUGUCAACAGACACUCUCUCAAAGGGAAAUUGCCAAGGAAAUGAGCCUUUGGGUCUACAGACAGAAAUCUUCUCAGUUUUGGUGUUUUUUUUUCUUCUAUUUGUGAAACCCAGUCCUUCUGACGUCCCAUCUUGCCUGCUGGAACCCAGAAGAGCAGAGUGGAUGGAUGAUAUCAUGCCUGUCUGGAAGGCCCAUUUUGUUCCUUGUUGCACACCAAACUAGCCUUGGUCGUAUUCACUAGAAACCAAACGGAGGGAGGGGGGGCAGAAAGAAACCAGGAGGGACUACUUGAACUUGUCCAAUGUGCACUAAUGAAUGUGACUCUGACACCACAGACAGGCUGAAUUCCUGUUGUAAUUUUCUAGUCUGUUGAGAAAUGUUUGUUGCCAAUUAUCCUUUUUUAAUAUAAACGAUGCUGAUCUCUAA